AAUAUAUACACGGUUUUCUGAACUUUUGAUUUAUUUAGUCAUUCUCGAGAGUUAUAAUAUAGCUAUUUUCUCUACCUUUGUUCUAGACGUGAAAGAAUAUCGGUACUUUUGUAAAGAAAAUUUCAAAAACUUGAAAUUUCAGCUAUGGAAAGCUUCUUAAGAGUUGGAUUAAUGCUUUUUCUAAGUGUUGAAUAUUACUUCUGUGCUUUUGAAAAAAAUGAGAGUACGUCAGUAAUUGAACGUAGGAUGAUUGGAGGAAGGGUGGCAAAAUAUGGAGAAUUUCCAUUUCUGGUAGCAAUAUUUGAAAAAGAAGAAUUUCAGGGGUGUUUUACGUUAAUCACAUCACAAACAUUAAUAGGAGCAGCACACGUUGUAGAAAGCUAUGAAAUUGAAAAUUAUUAUGGAAGAAUAGGUGACACUAACAAAUAUAAAGGGAGGAAAUUGCUGUUUAGGAGUAAGAUGAUACACCCACGUUAUAAUUCAAGAGAGAAUCACGAUGACAUUGCGGUUCUGAUUGUUAAAUAUUAUGUUGAAAAUAUAUCUCCAAUUACUUUACCUGGAAAAAACUUAAGAUUUACUAAUGGUUACGCCAAGUUUGUCGGUUGGGGAAACAUUGGUUACAAUGAAGAAGACGACACAGACAUUCUACGAGUAGCGGACGUAAUGUUAGUAAGGCCAAAACUCGUGGAACGUUUGUUUGACAUAACUUUAACUAAUGGAGUAAUUGUAACGAUGACGCCUGGGACGAUCGCAAUGAAAGGAGAUUCUGGCUCACCGCUGAUCAUCACAGAUGCGGUAAAAGGACAAAUUCUUAUUGGCAUUUUGUCUUCUGGCGGUACCAGAACUAACGAACCGGAUAUUUACAUGUCAACCAGUUUUUAUUAUGAUUUUAUACAAAGUCGCACCUUUGGACGUCUCAAAUAUUUAGAGAUGUAGAAUUAAAAUGAUUUUGUGUUAGAUAACUUUAUUUAUUUAUUUAUUGUAUAAGUAAAACGUUAAAAAAGGCUCACGUUAAACUUGGAUAUGAUUCAGUUUACUCUAGGUAAA